AUGUCACAAAUUUUACCUACUGGGAUUUCAACCGAACUUACUACAGCACGAAAUAUUGCAAAAACGCAUGAUCGCGCGGGUUCACCUGGUGCCGCAAGUACCUGGUAUGCUAACGAAUCCACAAGUAACGUUACAUCCUACACUAAGGAUGAAGUGAAGGCCAUGCUUCGCACCAUUCUUGAGGAGACAUACGUACGACUUAGUGGUUACAUAUUCAAGCAAAUACAAAGUGGACCGAUGGGUGGCAAUGCCAGCCCAGAUAUUGCCGAUCUCACACUGUCAGUAAUACAGUAUCUCUUUCUUCGUAAGAAUCCGGAGUUUCAUUUUCAUCUUCCGAUAUAUCGACGAUAUUUGCGCCGACUUUGCUGA